GAGGGCCGACCUUCUGUGGAGUUCAUCGACCCGAAACGCCAAAGCGGCUCAGAGUUCCAGAUCAGAUUUCGCGCCCGGAGCCGUCACAUCUCAAGAGACGACCUGAAAGCAGAACUUUGAAGAAAAGCACCUGGCACUCCGGUUGGCCUCCAGACUUGAGUGGACGGUGACUUGUGAGCAGCAUGGCGGUGGGCCUGCAGGUGGUGGGUCUGGUUCUGGGCGUGCUGUCGUGGUGUCUGCAGUCCAGCUGCACGUCCUCGCAGCUGUGGAAGGUGAGGAGCCAGGUCGAGUCGGUCACCAGCAGCCAGUGGUACUAUGAGGGGCUGUGGACCAGCUGCGCCGCCACCUCGCUCGGCUCGGUCCAGUGCAACAAGUUCAAGACGCUUCUGGGCCUGCCAGUCCACGUGCAGGUGUGCCGGGCCUUGAUGAUCAUGUCUAUGGUGCUGGGCUUUGCCUCCAUCAUCGUGUCCGUGUUGGGACUCAAGUGCACCAAGAUCGGCAGGACCUCGGACCAGGUCAAAGGUCAAAUCGUCUUGAGUGGAGGUGCCGUGUUCAUCCUGUCAGGUCUCUUCACUCUGAUCGCAGUGUCCUGGUACGCUGGAAGAGUCAUCUAUGACUUCAACAAUCCUCUCUACAAUGGAAUCAGGUACGAGUUGGGCACUGGUCUCUAUCUGGGCUGGGGGGCCUCAGGUCUGGCCCUGAUCGGAGGUGCAAUGCUGUGUUGCUCCUACAGGAGGAGCUCGUCCCAGCCUAAUGCGCGACAUUUCUCCUACAACUACUCCAAAAACAACCAGGGCCAGCACAGCAUCUACACGGCCACUUCCACCUCCGACAGCAGCACCGCCAAAGCCUACGUCUGACCUGCUCCCUGAACGCACCGUCACACAAAUCAAAACACACUGAUCGUGUCCUUUUUUUUCUCUAUUUUAUUAUCAUGUGUGAUUUCAUUGUGGGUUUUUUUUUUAGUGCUCAACGUAUAUUAAAACUGUCAACUUUUGUGCAA